AUGAUUUUGAUUGCUUUUUAUUUAUUAAUCGCAUGUGUAUUUCCAGAUAUAUUGAUUAAUUGUGAUGUAAUAUCGAAAAAAAAUAAAUACAUAUUUGCUAUUUUUGAUAAUUUAACACAUGGAAUCAUAGCUUUUUUUUCAUGGAUAUAUUAUCGUGAAGCAGAAUCUCACCUACAUGAAAUAUGGUCUUUUUCAUUGAUCAUGGAAGCAUUGUUAUGUGCUUUCUUUUCUUGCAUAAUCGAUAUUGACCAUUUCAUUUGCGCCAAAUCCUUUAAUAUAAAAACAGUGCUGGAUUAUCGACAAGAUUUAUAUGGCCGGCCAUUUUUGCACAAUUCAGCACUCAUUCCUUUUAUAGCUAUUUUAUUAUUUAUAUUAUUAAAGUGGUUAAAAUUUAUGCCCAAAUUGUUGCCCAAAAAUUAUGGGAUUUUAUAUUUAUUAUGUAAUGCAAUUGAAUUUUUAAUUCCUUGUUUAAUUAUUGCCAUGGCUACACAUCACAUACGGGAUGCUAUAAGAAGAGGUUUAACCUUUAAAUUUUUUUUAUGUCGAAAUUUUAAUUUAAAUAAUCAUCAACGUCAUUUUUUCUUUUUAAACACCAAUCCUCUCCCUUAUUUUUUAUAUAUUACAUUAUUGAUAUUUAUUCCACCCUGCUUGGCAUUAAGUGUAAAAAUAUAUUCAUUCUUAUUUAUUCAACAAAGUCACUUAUCAGGCAUUUCCCAAAAUAGUAAAUACAAGCCCAUACAUUUGAUAUAAAUGAAAUUAAUUUGAAUAUCACUUGCCAUUAUUUAUAUAUUAAUUUUAAAGACGUCAAAUCAA